ACUUCUGGCUUUUCUUUCACGCCACUCUCUCUAGCUCGCCUCCGCCUUGCUCUGAUCGUCCUCUCCACCGUCGAGUAUUUCCUCUCUCCCGGCCUUACGUUGCACACCAGAUGUCUGUUGAUCUCUGCAAGAAGAAUCCAUCUUUUCUUUGGUGUGACUGUGGUUAUAUGAGCAGGGGGAAGUUGUGGUGCUUUCAGAUCAUCUUGUUUAGGCACUGGACUUAGUCUCUCUCUCUCCUCUCUUCUUCUCUCCUUCUCUCUCUAUUCUUCUCUAUUCUUCCUUGCUUCUCUGCAAAUUUUCUUUUUGAUUUGAUUACAAAGUAUUCGCUUUUACUGGUCCCGUUACUGUGAAUUUGAAUUUUUCUGCGCAAAACUCCCUCCUUGCUUGAGGAGUUAACUGCGGAGAGUGAAAGUUUUCCCCUUUGGAUCUGUGCCAAUGGGGAAAACUCAGUUGGCUCCUGGUUUUCGGUUUCAUCCUACUGAUGUUGAACUGGUGAGAUAUUACUUGAAGAGGAAAGUGUUGGGGAAAAAGCUCCUCGUUGAUGCUAUUUGUGAACUUGACAUUUACAAGUUCGAACCUUCUGAUUUACCUGAUAAGUCCUAUAUAAAGAGUGGGGAUCUUAAGUGGCACUUCUUCUGCCCAAGGGAAAAGAAGUAUGCAACUGGAGUUAGGGCAAACCGUGCAACUGAGUGUGGUUACUGGAAGACCACAGGGAAGGAGAGAGCUGUUCUUUGCAAUGAUGAAGUUGUUGGGAAGAUUAGGACUCUGGUUUAUCACGUUGGUAAGUCACCACGUGGGGAUCGGACUGAUUGGGUUAUGCACGAGUAUAGGCUUGAAGAUAAGGUACUCACACAGAAGAAUAUUCCUCAGGAUACUUAUGUGCUAUGUGUUCUAUUCAAGAAAGAUGGACCAGGACCUAGAAAUGGAGCUCAGUAUGGGGCUCCGUUCAAUGAAGAAGACUGGAGUGAUCAGGAACAACAUACUAAUGUUCCUGCUACAAGCUAUCUCGCAAACCUUCUUCGGCCUGACGCAGAAACCAGUCUGGUUGUGGCGCCCUCACAGGACCCUAACAAGGAUUGUUUUGGUGGCAUGAUAUCUGAGUCGUGCGUCUCUGAUUUAGCACCAUCUACAGCUACUACCAGUGAGCUUCCACAUCUGAAUGAAUCGUGGGUCUCUGAUUUAGCACCAUCUACAGCUACUACCAGUGAGCUUCCACAUCUGAAUAAUGCAGCUCACACUCCUAUGACUGCUCCUCCACUUAUUGAUUCUAAUAGCACUGACUCUCUGGUGCCGACCCUCCAAGCUUCCACCAACGACUAUGAUGACAUAUAUUCAAUGUUGGAUGUCUUUGUUGAUGAGGAUGAGUACUUGCGUUUCUGUGAGCCCAUCAACAAUGAGGUAAGACAUGAUCCCAAUGUUCCAGCUCCGGUUUGCGUAGAAGAAGAAGGCAUAUUCAACGAACUACUAGACUUGAGCAAUAUGCAUGACAACAGCAUGCCAAGGACACCCUCUUACGACCUAUUGGAGAACUCGGAGUUAUACUUGGAGCUACAAGAUCUCACAGCUUCAUUAGAUCAACCUCCAAUUGGGAAUGUUAGCGACUCUUAUCUUAGCAAUCAAGGCCACUUUGAUUUGUCCACUGCUGAUGAUGAUGAUCCUUUGGCUUUUCUGCGUUCAUGUGACACGGACCAGACAUGAUGAACAAAGAGGUAUAAAACCAAGAAUCCUCUUCUGCCCCAAACAUGAACAAAGAGGUCCAAAACCAAGAAUCCUCUGCUGCCCAGUUCGGUCCUCUCCAUGUCUUCUCAAAUCAGCUGAAGCAUUAUAGACAGUCGAUGAAACCUUGACAUAAUAGGCACCCUUGUAUGCUUGUGUCUGAAACUCUCUUCUUUUAGCUUGUCCUUUCAUCAUCUCUUUUAUGUCGCAAAACCUCCUCCCUUGUCAUUCUCUACUACUUCCUUGGAUUGAUUUGCAAUUUUUUAUCCAACUUGUUUCUGUUUCGUUAUGGCUUUAUGUUAAUCGUUUGGCA